AUGGCGCCUUCGCCCCUCGUGCCGCCCUUCGCGGCGCCGCAUCUCGCGCGCAGGUUCUUGCCGCGACCGGUCUUCGUCGUGAGCGGCGCGCGCACGCCGAUUGGGUCCUAUAUGGGCGCCUUCAAGAACCUCUCCGCGCCUCGCCUCGGCGCCAUCGCGAUGGGCGGCGCACUCCGCAGAGCGGGAAUCGAAGGCGGACAAAUCGACCAAGUCGUCGUGGGCCAGGCCCUCCCGGCCGGAGGCGGCCAGGCGCCCCAGCGACAGGCGGCCCUUGGUGCAGGCAUUCCGCAGAGCACAGAUGUCUACGCAGUGAACAAGGUCUGCGCGUCGGGCAUGAAGGCGCUGUGCCUCGGCGCGUCUGAGAUCGCCCUCGGCGUCCACGACGCCGUCCUGGCUGCGGGCAUGGAAAGCAUGUCCAGAGUCCCCUACAUGCUCCCGAAGUCGACGGAGGGCGAUCUGCGCGUGGGGCACGCGGAGCUCAAAGACGGGGUCCUGCACGACGGCUUGUGGGAUCCUUACAGCGCGAUGCACAUGGGCUUGUGCACAGAGAAAGUUGUUUCACGCAUGCGCAUCAGCCGCGCCGAGCAAGACGCUUACGCAGUCGAGUCGUAUAAGCGCGCCGCGGAAGCGUGGAAGUCCGGUCUUAUCGAGAACGAAGGCAUCGAGCCUGUCACCAUUGACGCCGGGGGCAAGAAGGGCGAAACGCGGCAAAUUACCCAGGACGAAGAAUUCUCGCGAAUUAAACUCGACAAAGUGGCGAGUUUGAAGCCGAGCUUCAAGAAGGAAGGAACGAUCACCGCGGCCAACGCCUCCAAGAUCAGCGACGGGGCAGUCGCCGCGAUUCUCAUGUCUGAAGAGAAGAUCAUCAACCUUGACAUCAGUCCCGUCGCGCGCAUCCUGGCGUUCGCCGACGCAGCAGUGGCGCCUGUCGACUUCGCGCUGGCGCCGGAGUUGGCGAUCCGGACGGCCCUCCGCCGCGCGCAGUUGGACUCGGCAGACUACUACGAAAUCAACGAGGCCUUUGCGGCGGUGGCGCUCGCGAACAUGCGCUUGCUGAAGCUCGAUCCUUCCCGCGUCAACGUCCACGGGGGCGCGGUCGCCCUGGGGCACCCGCUAGGGAUGUCGGGCUUGCGGAUCGUUCUCUCCCUUAUCAACGUCCUGCACACGCGGAACGCCAAGUAUGGCUGCGCGGCGAUAUGCAACGGGGGCGGCGGCGCGACCGCGGUAGUUGUCGAGAUCGUGUGA